UUUACAAGCCUUAACCAUUAAGUAGGCCUUGCCUGGCCAUGACAAUUAAAGUAGGAAUUUCCUAGAGUUAUCUGCUGCAGAAAACUUACACACUUUUCGCGGUGCCUUCAUAACGAAACGUUUUGAAUCUUCGAUACAAUAUAUUCUACAAAAAUUGCAGUGCUCCCUGAAAUUGAAAACUUUUCUACACGUUAUGUCUUUCGUGAGCAACAUCAUACUCAAUUUACGACCUUGUAACGUCGUUAACUCUGUUGUACGUUGGGCAUCGAAGAAAGCUGGUGGUUCAUCAAGAAAUAGGAAAGGGCAUGCACCAGGUAAACGAAGAGGGAUCAAAGCCCAAGAUGGGACUCGUGUGACUCAAAGUUCCAUUUUGUUACGCCAGCUUAACAUUCGCUGCCAUCCUGGACUCAAUGUUGGGAUUGGCAAAGAUGGUUCUCUUUAUGCUCUGCAGCCAGGAAAAGUACUUAUAACAUGUGAAAAGUUUCAGCCAAACUUUGAUAAGUACUGGACUGAUAGAGUUUACAGAUCAAGAAAAGAAAAUAUGGCUAAUGUCUACAAAAAAUACUUUCAUGUCAUACCUGAUCCCUUAGAGCCAAAAUUCAGAUUAGUUGACACAGUCUAAGUAAUUGUUUUUUCUAUUAGUUUAGUGUGUAACCACAAAAUAAAGUUGAAUUUAACGAA